AUGCCCGCUAUCCAGGCAUCGCUCUCCGACCUCCACCGCGCCGACGGCUCCGCGACUUAUACUCAGGAUGGCUACUCGGUCCUGGGCGCCGUGAAUGGCCCCAUCGAGGUUCAGCGCAGAGACGAGCUGCCAGAGGAGGCUGCCAUUGAGGUCAAUGUUCGACCGGCGAUCGGCGUUGGCAGCCCAAAAGAACGUCACCUCGAAACUAUCAUUCACAGCACGCUGCGGCACAUCGUACUCGUGCGGAAUUUCCCUCGGACGCUGAUUCAGCUCACGCUGCAGGUCCUGAGCAUGCCCGAAGGCGAUCCGGGGGCAGAGAGAAGCGCCUCGUCUUCCAUCUCCCUCCUCCCAGCUCUUCUUAACUCUUCUGUCCUCACCCUCCUCUCCGCCAACAUCCCUCUGCGCAGCACCUUCACCGCCGUCCUCCUCUGCGUCUCCCCCGACGCCUCCAUUAUCGCCUCCCCCAACCCCAAGCAGCUCGCUGCAGCCUCGUCCACGCAUGUCUUCGCCUUUUCAGGCGCGCGCGACCUGCUGCUCGCCGAAAGCGAGGGUGCUUGCGACAUGGAUACGUGGAACGCACUGCACGAUACCGCGCAGCGACUAUGCUGCAAUGUGGAGACUGCAGAAGGCGAGACGGGCAUGGAGGUCGAUGUACCCGCGGACAAUCUGCUUGCACGCGUGAAAGAGGCUGUUAGGCAGAAGAUUGAGCGGGACCAAGCGUGGAAAGAGGCGUCUUGA